AUGCUUGGUCGGCCCUGCGCGCCUGCAUGGCGGCGUUCGGAACUCCGUUCACUAGACGACGACUUGUGGUGUCGGCGGGAUGUUGCACGCUGUAGUUUGAUGCAAGGCAGCUGUUGGGUUUCUGCUAAGACUGGCUCCCUCUUCGUCAAUCGCUGUAUCAUCAUGGGGAAUAUCAACUACCGCCCCGCAGGAGGAUCUCCUUUAACUUUCUUCCAAACUCCUACUGCAACGCCAUCAGAGGCAGAUCUGUCCGCUAUGGCUUUCUUCGCGUCAUCCUCCCCUUCCACCUCGUCCUCCAACAGAACGCCGAAGCCAUCAGCAGACGUGGCCGUGCGCACCUCGCUCGUCACCGCCACCGACUGGACACGGAACCUGGGGUCCCCUCCCUCCGAGUGGGCCGUCAUAAGCGCGGACGGUGCCGCGUCGCCAAACCGGCGAGGAGCAGCGGCGGAGCAAGACGAGGCGGGGGGGAGGGCUCAGCGUAACCUGACGUCGGUACCCGCGUCCACGUGGCAGAGCUGGCAGGAGAGAGACAGCGGCUUGGAGGCCGGAGAGGAGCUGACUCAGGCGAUACUCGGCGUGAUGGAUCGAUACAAGACCUCGCUGGGCCUCAGCCUCGGCACUGAUGCAUCCGUGGGACCUGAAGAGCUGCUCAAACACUUGAUAGCCGAGAGAGACAGACUGGCAGAGGAGGUGCGCAAUUUGCGAGAGAUGCUGAGGACUGAAAGGUUGGAGUGGCAUCGGUUCCAGUGUGACCUGCAGAUUGCCGUGUCGGUGGCCGAUCGUCUGCGGGCGGAAUCGGAGCAGAACCUGACGGCGCUGCAGGGCGACUACAAAAGCGUUCAAAACCAGCUGGCUCAGGCCCACAGCAGACAGCAGGAGACGGAGCGGGAGCUCCAGCGUCUACGGUCCGAUCAGAGGGACGUGUGCCUGAGACUGUCGGCGCUGGAAGUGACUCAGCAGCGCAGUCGAAGCGACGUGGACGACAAAACGGAGGACGACGACACAGAGACGCUGGACUCUGAGGAGAGUCAAGGACUGGACAUACUGAGCAUUAUGGAAGAAGCCGAGCUGAUGAAAAGACAAAAAGAGGAGGACACUGACGAGAUGGCUGGGAAAGGUUUACAACUGACUGGGAAGGGCGUAGCAGAAGGAUACCUCCGCAGUUUGGCUGCGCUGGAGAGGAAGAAAGACGGACGUAGUCACAGUGAGCCGAGGAAAAUUGUCAUGUCGGCUGAAAGAUCUUGGAGUCUGUCUCGUCUUCCACUGCCAACCGACUCGUGUCAGAAUAACAACGCCAUCAACUCGGGCACGACGAUGCCGCCGUGCAAGAGAGAAGAGUCGACGCGGGCCAGGAGGACGUCUCAUGGUUUCAAACGUAGGGACAGCUGCUCCUGCUUCCAUGCAGGAAAGCCGGAUGAAAACCUUAAUUCGGACAUCCCAAAACCUUCGGACGGCCUGCGCUCCGUGCUGCGGCGUCAUGGCGGCUCCAAAAGAAACUCCCUGCUGCGCUGGUGUCAAGGUCUUACGCAGGAGUAUGAGAAUAUUGACAUCACCAACUUCAGCACCAGUUGGGAGGACGGUUUGGCCUUCUGUGCCAUCUAUCACGAGUACCUGCCCGAUUGCAUACCUUACAACCGCCUCAAGCCAGCAGACAAGAAGGGAAAUUUGAAUCUUGCUUUUAGGACAGGAGAGUCUGUUGGAAUCACAGCCACUCUGUCGACGGAGGAUAUGCUGAAGCCGGACGGUCCAGAAUGGCAGAAGGUCCUGCGCUACGUGGAAAGCAUAUUUCAUCAUUUUGAGAAGUGAGGUACCAUCAUUUUUGCUCCUCCGCCUGCUCCGAGACCUCGUCUACAAUGACGACUAGGCCUCCUUUUAUGGAUCCUUCAAGGAAGAACCGCCAAAGUUGUAUUUGUACCUUUUUUUGCACUGUACACCAGAUUACUUAAUUGCACUUUUUUUUUUGGGUGAUGCACUGGUUUGCACCUACUUUUAUUUUGAAAGAAGUUGCACUGUAAUGGAAACGAUGCACUUUAGUCCUCGCCGGCACAUUAAGUUUCAUCAUGUGCUGUUUGUCACAUGAACCCGGUUUUAGUGUUAAAUAGUUGCAAAUUUUAGGAAAGUUUCUUUAAAAAAAAAUAAUGUAUUAGAAGUUGUUGCUCAAAGUUUAUGCAAUAAUAAAGAUAAUAUGUGAAAACAAUGUUAA